AACAAUUUUUCUGUAUAAUUGCUCGUUAUUAUCACCUAUGUAACCGACUCUGCAGUUUCUCUUUUUUGUUUCUAUUGGCAUGGUUGUGGCAUUUGUCAUCAGAGUCUGAUUAGUUUUGGGACUUUGAUACCCAGAAUUUUGUUUUUCUCGUUUGUACUAACAAACUUAGGAAUAAUGGAUGUGAUCAAUAAGACCCUUUAAAAACCUAAUGGAUUUUGUUCCAUUACUCCAUAGCUCUCUAUUCAUUGGAGAUACAAUCUUAUAAAAUGAAAUAAUGAUUUCAGGACAAAGCCCAACUUCUUGCUAUUAGGAGACAAAUUUUCAGAUAAAUUAACGUCCUUCCUCCCACCUAUAAAUAUUACCCCUAAUCCUCUCCACCACCAAGUUCAAAUUCGUCCUCACUGGUUAAUUAGUCUCUUCUCCUCUACAUUGUGUAGGAAAUCAUGGGUGUGUUCAUUUACAGUGAUGAGUACACUUCUCCAAUUUCCCCUGCAAGACUGUUCAAGGCUUUGGUUCUUGACUCUAAUAACCUUAUCCCAAAACUCAUGCCACAGGUUGUUAAAAGCGUUGAAUUUGUUCAAGGUGAUGGAGGGGUUGGCAGCAUCAGGCAGAUUAAUUUCCAAGAAGGUCACCAAGUGAAGCACGUUAAAAAUCGCAUAGAUGCAAUUGACCCAGAGAAUUUCUCAUACACAUACAGCUUGGUUGAUGGUCAUGGAUUGCUGGAUAAGCUUGAGACUGUUCUGUACGAGGUACAGUUCUUGCCUGGUCCUGAUGGUGGCAGCAUAAAUAAAAUGAAGAGUACCUACCACACCAAGGGUGAUAUUGUGCUCAGCGACGAGGAAAUUAAGGCUGGCAAAGAAAAGGCUCUGGGAAUGUACAAAGCUGUAGAAGGCUAUCUCCGGCAAAACCCUGAUGCCUAUGCUUAAUCGCCUUUAAUUGUUAUUAAUGGCUUUUUGCAUGUCUGUCCUGGCUAUAUGCUCAUCCUUGGCUUUGUUAAAUAAGGAUGGAUUUUCUUCCAUUGUGGUUGUGGAUUGAUUGUAAUGUUUUUCCUUAUAUUGACAUGUUUUUGUUUUCCUCAA